AUGACUGCUCCCAGUGGCGAUGCCAGCAACGUGCUGCAGGAGGUUAGCCUGCCUGUGGUGGGCAUCAACGAGUGCCAGUCCAAGUACGAGUCGGCGUCGAGCUUCCAGAGACAGUUCCCAGGCGGCUUCGGCGACACCAAGCUGUGUGCCGCCGAGAAGGACGGCGGCAAGGACGCGUGCCAGGGCGACUCUGGCGGACCGAUGGUGCUUACGGGUGCCGACGGCAAGUAUCAGCUGAUUGGCGUCGUGUCGGCCGGAGUGGGCUGCGGCACUCCCGGCUUCCCCGGAGUGUACACUCGCGUCAGUGCCUAUCUGGACUGGAUACAGCAGAACAAGUUCUGAUGCGUCUUUGAAGACACAGAGACGUCCGACAAAGCGUGCCUUCAGGCCCCAACUAUGAGCCUGUUCAUCGUGAUUCGAUAUUGUCUGUAUGAAAAUUGUAGCAAACCCUUAGACGCGCGGAGUGCCUUGAGAAGAAACCAUUCCAGGCGAAAAAGGUGAAGACGGUCAGCUGCAUUGUUACCGCAGCUGUUUACAUCAGUACUAUUUUGAACAAUUUCUCACUAACUGUUGCUAUAAAGCUGCCCAUAAUUCGCAUAUACCUGAUGCACACGGGCAUGGUUAGAAUUGAUGCAGUGGAUUGUCUGUCUCUAGAUCAAGACGAUUAAAGCGGUCCGUCUGCUCUAGCAAUGUGCGUGAGUGAGGAAAUAUUCUGGGCUGAUGACGUUGAGUUAGUGAUCCUUGUUGAAGCGAUCUUUAAAAAGGGAAGACAUGCUGACCAGCUUGUCACACUUGGUGCCUUCUCUCAAUGCCAGUGCUGAGCGAGUCCACCCAGCUAUGGGAGCGGUGAGCAUUGAUCGUCGCAAUUCGUUCCACACUUUCUCGAAGAGCCAGACGAGAACCGUGGAGCUAAGUGAGUGUGCCGUUUUUUCUCAGCCUAAACCUUUUACAGCACUCGUGACAUUUUUAUUUCGGCUGACAAUAUUUGGAUCAGUGGCGUUGAUCUUGAACCGGACUGCAAUAAACCUUUUACUUGAAA